AUGGCGUCCCGGAGACUAGCUUUGAACCUCUCCCGAGGUCUGCGAAACCGUGCUGGUCUUUCGGCCGCCGCUCCCUUGACACGAGGCUUUGCCACGCCCUCUACCGUCGGCAAGACUCAGACCACAACUCUUCGCAAUGGAUUGACCGUCGCGACCGAGCACUCCCCCUUUGCGCAAACCUCGACCGUCGGCGUGUGGAUUGACGCUGGUUCCCGGGCUGAGACUGAUGAGACCAAUGGCACCGCGCACUUCCUCGAGCAUCUCGCCUUCAAGGGAACGGCCAAGCGUUCUCAGCAGCAAUUGGAGCUGGAGAUUGAGAACAUGGGUGGCCACUUGAACGCCUACACCUCGCGCGAGAACACCGUCUACUUCGCCAAGGCCUUCAACUCUGACGUCCCCCAGUGCGUCGACAUCCUCUCCGACAUUCUCCAGAACUCCCUGCUCGAGCAGUCCGCCAUUGAGCGAGAGCGCGACGUUAUCCUCCGAGAGUCCGAGGAGGUUGAGAAGCAGGUCGAGGAGGUUGUCUUUGACCACCUCCACGCCACUGCCUUCCAGCACCAGCCUCUUGGCCGCACCAUCCUCGGCCCCCGCCAGAACAUCCGCGACAUCACCCGAACCGAGCUCGUCAACUACAUCAAGAACAACUACACUGCUGACCGCAUGGUUCUUGUCGGUGCUGGCGGUAUCCCCCACGAGCAGCUCGUCGAGCUCGCUGAGAAGCACUUCAGCGGCCUCCCCAGCAGCGGCCCCAAGAACAGCGCCUACCUGCUCUCCAAGCAGAAGGCUGACUUCAUGGGUUCCGAUGUCCGUGUCCGUGAUGACGCCAUGCCCACUGCCAACAUCGCUCUGGCCGUUGAGGGUGUCAGCUGGAACUCGGAGGACUACUUCACUGCCCUCGUUGCCCAGGCUAUCGUCGGCAACUACGACAAGGCUGUUGGCCAGGCUCCCCACCAGGGCAGCAAGCUCAGCGGCUGGGUCCACAAGCACGAUAUCGCCAACAGCUUCAUGAGCUUCUCCACCAGCUACAGCGACACUGGUCUCUGGGGUAUCUACCUCGUCUCCGACAAGCCUGACCGAGUCGACGACCUUGUCCACUUCGCCAUCCGCGAGUGGAUGCGUCUCUGCACCAACGUCAGCGGUGCUGAGACUGAGCGUGCUAAGGCUCAGCUCAAGGCUUCCAUCCUCCUGUCCCUCGACGGCACCACUGCCGUUGCCGAGGACAUUGGCCGACAGCUCGUCACCACCGGCCGCCGCAUGGCCCCCGGCGAGAUCGAGCGCAAGAUUGACGCCAUCACUGAGAAGGAUAUCAUGGACUUUGCCAACCGAAAACUCUGGGACCGGGAUAUCGCCGUCAGCGCGGUGGGUACCAUUGAGGGUCUCUUCGACUACCAGAGACUCCGCAACACCAUGAAGCCCAAGUUUUAA